GUCCAAAUGCACCGUGUCCAAGUGCACCGCUCCCGUGUCUACACGAGGAAACAGCGCGUCUGUCACCUUGACUUAAUUCCAUGGCCAUUUAUUGGAGAUUGGAGAUUGGCCAUCUUGACUUUCCUUUCUACCGGAGUGUUUACGGACGGCACCAUGAGCUCUCUGAAGCUGCAGAAGAGGCUAGCAGCCUCUGUUAUGCGAUGUGGCAAGAAAAAAGUAUGGUUAGAUCCAAAUGAAAUCAAUGAAAUUGCAAAUACUAAUUCUCGCCAAAAUAUCAGGAAACUUAUUAAGGAUGGUCUGAUUAUCAAGAAACCUGUGGCAGUACAUUCACGAGCACGCGUUCGCAAAAACACUGAAGCCAGACGCAAAGGGCGUCAUUGUGGCUUUGGUAAGAGGAAAGGUACUGCAAAUGCGAGAACACCGCAGAAGGAUUUAUGGAUACAAAGAAUGCGAGUGUUGCGUCGGUUAUUGAAGAAAUACCGCGAGACCAAGAAGAUAGACCGUCAUCUCUAUCAUUCUUUGUACAUGAAGGCGAAGGGUAAUGUCUUCAAAAACAAGAGAGUCCUUAUGGAAUUUAUCCAUAAAAAGAAGGCAGAAAAAGCGCGCGCCGAAAUGUUAUCGGACCAAGCGGAAGCUCGUCGCACGAAAGUCAGAGAGGCGCGCAAACGACGCGCGGAACGUAUUGCUUCAAAGAAGCAAGAGCUUCUGCAGUCGUAUCAGCGCGAGGACGAGGCUGCCGCGGCGCAAAAAAAAUAAGGUGGAGUUUAUUUAAAAUUAUAUAAAUAUAAAAUUAUAUAAAUAUACAAUACAAAAUCUGAA